GUUUUAGUAAACCACAACAGGUAAAAGUUAGUUAGAAAUUAUUCCAUCCCAAUUUGUAGCACAUCAAAAAGUAAAGUUUAUUCCACAACCCAUAAGCUCCAACAUGAAACACAAACCCUAAUUUAACUUCUAAGUAUUAAUUCAUCUUACAAAUAACCCAUUUAUUCCAUAAAUAAUUGAUAUAGAAACUUGGAACUAAACACCCUACCUUACUAUGUCUGCCGAAGCUUCAGUCGCCAGAAAAAAUAGAAUUUUCCAAUCAAAACAGAAAAUAUGGUACAAAACCCAACUCACUCCUCUCAUCUCUUUUUGGACUUUCUUUUCUUCGAAAUUUGAGCUCAGAACCCAAAAAUGUAGAGCUAUCUCUGCUUCCCUUUCUUCCAAAUGAGAAAAGUGAUGCAAUGAGCUGAUGAUUUUUAGUAUUUAUAUAUAGGUAUUUUAGUAAUUUCAGUUUUGUGCAUAGUAACAUAACCGGUUUGUCCUAUUUAUAUCUCAAGAUUAAGAAAAAAGCCUUUUCUUUGCCAUUCCAAUAAAUCAAAUUGAGACAGAAGAUGAAGAAGAGAGAAGGCUGGUGGAAAUCUCAAGUCAUCGCCAUAACUUUCAAUUCCAAAUUCGAAGGGUGGAGAGGAGACAAAGGAGAAGGGUGGUAGUGGAAUCUCUGGGAUGGCCAAUUCAGUCUUUAUCUUUUCCAUUUCUGCAAUUGUCAGUCCUGCGAUUAGAUCCAGUCCAUGGGAAGGACUUCAUGGACAAUGUGCAGCGAACGGGAGAUUGUUGGAAAAAAACGAAGAACCCGACUAAUAACACGGAAGUUGUGGAGAGGAUAAAUAAGUGAGCAUGUGCCCUAUGAAACUGGUAGGGCCAGAUUAAUUAUUCAGUGACUAUUUGGUACAGAAACACAUCAAAUAAUGGCUUCAUCAAAUAAUGGCUUUGAAUUAUUAGUAUUAUCCGUUUUUUAUACGAAAUGCCAAACAAGGCGGGUAAGUAUGUAAUUGGCUUCUAAACCGUUUUCCUCGGCGUCAGGAGGCAAUAAUUGUCAGUUAAAAAAAUAAGUAAAAAAAAAAAAAAAAAUAGAGGAGCGAAGCAAUAUUGUCUCUGCCCGCGCUUUGCUCAGCUAAGGAAAACAAGCCUGUCUAGUUACGGAGAAACCCAAGAAAAAUGGAGAAAUCGAAGAUUGGGAGGAGGUUCCAAGGCAAGGUAGCGAUUGUGACGGCUUCCACUCAGGGAAUUGGCUUCGGCAUCGCCGAGCGCCUGGGUUUGGAAGGCGCCUCCGUCGUCAUCUCCUCCCGCAAGCAGAAAAACGUUGAUGAAGCAGUUGAGAAACUUAAAGCUCUAGGAAUUGAGGCGCUGGGAGUCGUUUGCCACGUUUCAAAUGAGCAACAAAGGAAGAAUCUCAUUAACAAGACUGUGCAGAAAUAUGGAAAAAUAGAUGUGGUAGUAUCAAACGCUGCUGCCAAUCCAUCAGUUGACCCCAUAUUGCAAACCCAAGAAUCUGUGCUUGACAAGCUAUGGGAAAUCAACGUCAAAGCCACUAUACUUCUUCUCAAGGAUGCAUUUCCGCACUUGACGAAGGGUUCUUCUGUUGUUAUCAUUUCCUCAAUUGCUGGCUACGAUCCACCAGGAGCUGCCAUGGCUAUGUAUGGGGUCACUAAAACAGCCCUUCUUGGGCUAACCAAGGCCCUUGCCGGUGGCAUGGCACCAGAUACUCGUGUAAAUUGUGUUGCUCCGGGUUUUGUUCCUACAAACUUUGCUUCAUACAUUACAGAAACUGAUGCCGUGAGGAAGGCCCUCGAGGAGAAGACGUUACUCAACAGGCUCGGUACCACUGGAGACAUGGCUGCUGCCGCUGCCUUUUUGGCAUCCGAUGAUGCUUCUUACAUAACCGGAGAAACUAUAGUUGUGGCCGGAGGGAUGCCCUCUAGACUUUAGUUCCCUUCUUUAUCAACAUGUUUUCGCUCGAAUCAUUACAAGAACAAGUGUUUUUUUCAUAAUAACUAUUGGACCUUGAAGCAAAUAUCAAUAAAAUUCACUCCUAUCGAUUUUCAACGUUAA